AUGUGGUUACCGUUGGCGCUGUGCGUGCUGCUGGAGGUUGCCGAAACCGUGAGUGCGUCCGGUGGGCUGGACGAUGCCCUUGAGGUAACGUUCAGCGAACGCACCCGGGCGGAUUGGGAAAAGGUGUGGCACCAGGAGAGUCAUUCGCGCUGCCGAGAGAAGCUGAUCCGCCAUCUGUAUUGGGCGUGCGAGAAGGAUAUCUAUCGGAUUUCGAGACGGAGCGGAAACGACGGUGUCGUGAAACGGGGCAAUGCGGACGGGAACACGGUCGAGGACGGUGGUGGCAAUGCGUUGAUUCAGUAUCCUUGGGCGAUCGAACGUGAGCAGGCGUACUCGUUUCUGCGCACUAGACGCACCGGAAAACGUCGAUCGGGUGGUUCCAUAACGGCCGAAUGUUGCACCAGAACCGGAUGCACCUGGGAGGAGUACGCCGAGUACUGUCCCUCGAACAAACGAUUGAACCAGUACCGGCGUAAGAAGUGAGGUGGCGGAGUCCUUGGACGACGGGGCAAUAAGGCGGACAGGAUGCAUGCAGGUGGAGUCGAACGGGGUUAAUUCUCGGUAUUCUUGAUCAUCGCACGCAGCAUCGGUUGUAUAUGGCAGCAUACUGUUUUCUUUUUGUAAUUG